GCUUACAACGCGGACGUGCAGGAGGACGUGAACAUCGACUUCGUGAAGGUGAAGAACUUGGAAAUGGUGACCGGGGACUGUGAGCCCAUGGCCGAAGAGGAUGGGCACCCCUUGGGCAAGAAGUUGAGUGAUGAUGGGUGGAUUGUUGCCACCAAGGGCAGCCAAGAUGGGAUUGGUGCCCUAGUUGCCGGGACUGAGCGUGAAGACGAGAAAACUAGCUACAAGGGGGACAAGUCGAGCUCAGCCCAAGUGGGGGAUUGGAACCUGGAGUUGCUUUCAGAAUGUUAUAAUGGCUUGAGCUACAGCAUGGAUAUCGAGAAGGCUCUGAACACUGAGAAGCGAAACUUCAACUACACCACAUCCAAGGAAUUGAUGGCCUUUGGAGACUACACUCGAACCUUCUUCAGCGAGAGUGCCCGGGAGAAGUUUGUUGACAUGCUGACGCAUGAUCUAUUUGGACUACCAGUUUUGCUUUGUUCUUUCCUGCUUGGAGCGAGCCUUUGGAUGAUCCUGGGACAGCGCGUGAAGGGGUGCAGAUGCAGAAAGAGACCCGGUGUGGGCCAAGCCUUGAUCUUCCUCGACAGCUGGGUUGGUGCAAACUCAAGGCGUGAAGCAUUCACGAACUGGCUGACGUAG